AUGCCUGAACGUCGUGGCACACAGGCCCUGGAAGCAUGGGCGCGACGGGCCACCUCCGGGUACGAGGGUGUCACCAUCACCAACAUGAGCACAGCCUGGAGGGAUGGACUUGCCUUCUGUGCCCUCAUCCACCACUUCAGGCCAGACCUCAUAGAAUUUUCCUCCCUCAAGUCCGAGAACAUCUUGGAGAACAACUCCCUUGCCUUCCGGGUGGCAGAACAACAGCUGGGCAUCCCUGCACUAUUAGAUGCCGAGGACAUGGUGGCCAACCCCGUGCCAGACCGCCUCUCCAUCCUCACCUACGUCAGCCAGUACUACCGUGCCUUCUCUGCCAUGGGUCUGCUGGCGGAGAGGAAGCAGCAGGCACGGGGCAAGGACGGCAAGGGUGGUGAUGUUGGUGGUGAUGGUGGGGAGAGCAAGACCACCCCUGUGUCUCGGCCUCAGUCCCUGCCAGCCACUCCCAAGACUGCCACCACAGAGACCAAGACAGAUAAGGUGCUGGGGCGCGGUGGACGGGGCCGGCGCGAGGUGUGCGUCACCUGCCAGAACCCAGUGUUUCUGGCGGAGCGGCUGAUGGUGGGGGCACCCGGCCAGCUGAUGCACCGCACCUGUUUCCGCUGCGCCCGCUGUUCCACCCAGCUGACCCUGGCCGGCUACUACCAGACCGAGCGGGGCCAAUAUUGCUGCGAGACUUGUCCCGACGAGGAGCGCCUGCCCCAGGUAGGCCUGCUGGCCGCCCCCUCCGACUCAGAGUCGUCCAGUGAGGAGUCAGAGUCAGAGGAGGAGGAGGGAGAGAGUGAAGCCCCGCGCCUCCCUGACACCCCUGCCCCGACACCCUCCCCAACACCCCCCAGGCCCCGGACAGUGUUCCUCUCCCAGACCCUGGUCCCCGCCCCAGAACAGCCCACCGACCUGCCAGAAAGCACAACAAAUGAGCAGCCCAGCCACUUCAGCAAGGUGUCCCCUGCUCUGUUUGGUGCAGACAAGGUGGGGCGGGUGAGAGAACACAGCCCCGACCCAGCACCGCUCCCCCGCACAGUAAAGUCCCUCAGAACAGAUCCUCCCAAAGUAUUGGAUACCGGCCAGACCAAACCACAUGUGCCCCCUGAUGCUCACACGCCCCCCUCUCACCCCAGCACACCAUCCCCAGACACUCGCACCCACACACAGAGCACCCCCACCAAGACUGCCUCCUCCAUUGUUGCCCGCCGCCUGCAGAUGUUCCGGGAGAUGAGCAACAAGGACAAACAGCAGCAGCAGCAGCAGGUGGACAGGAAGCAGCAGCACACCUCUCCAGACACCAGCCAGGAGAGGAGGAGCUUCCCUGAUGGAGGAAGACAGGACAUUUACCACCUGCAGAGAGGACCACUGAGAGGAAGCAAAACAGAGGAGAAGGAAGGCAAGACAGUAGAUAUUCCAUCUAUCACAGUGACCACAGAGACUCCUGAGGGACAUGGAAUGGACUUCACUGCCGCCACCACCACCACCACCACCAGCCUGCCAUCCACCCAUCCCACCCCCACUGCAGCACAAAAUCCCUUUGAGGAUGAUGACGAAGAAGAUGAAAGUGCAAAUGAUCACCAAGAAACGCAAGGGAAGGAAAGCAGUGCAGGAGACAAUGACAGGGACUCAGACCAGGUUGUGAGUGAGGCAGUGAGCCACAGACAUGAGAGUGAGACAGAAAAGAGCCAUAGAGAGGAGAGUGAGACAGAAAAGAGCCACAGAGAAGAGAGUGAAUCAGAAAAGAGCCACAGAGAGGAGAGUGAGACAGAAAAGAGCCACAGAGAAGAGAACGAGACAGAAAAGAGCCAGCUGGACAAGGUUGUGGGUCAGACUCAGGGUGGUGAGGUUGUGAGCAGUGAGAGCCACACUGAGGUGAAAGAUGCGGUUGUGAGCCCUGUGGCGGAGAGUGGCUCUUUGGGUGGCACUGAGGAGCACCCGGUUGUGACACCCAGGGAGCCACAUGACCCUGCCAGCAGCUCCCAGCCCCACUACCCUGAUGACCUGAACCCAUUUGGUAGCGAGGAUGAAGACGAGGACACAGGAGCAGCCCCUCAGCCCCCUCAGCCUACCCUGAAGGAGCCUGUGGAAGGAAACUUAAAGGACACCAAGAACCAGACUUCACCAGCAGCAGCAGCAGUGGCAGAACAACCCCCACAAGACUCCCCCGGCAGGAGACUAAUCAAGGCUAACCUCAACCCAUUCGAGAGUGAUGAAGAGGAAGAGGAGGAGAAGGACAUCCCAACGCCUAAGAAGGAGGAAAAGAAGAGCCUCAAUCCCUUCUGGAGUGAUGAUGAAGAGGAGGAGGAGGAGGAGGAGGUAAGAGGAAGGAAGAACACAACACCCAAGGGCACCAAAGUCAAACCUCCACGCCCUCCGCCACCGACACUUCCCAGAAACAGGAGCCCCUCAACCCUCUCCACCUACUCCACCACCUCCACCGGCAGCCUUGCCACUCCCACCACUGCUACCACUCCACGCAAGAAGAAGGUCAUUGCUCCACCACCCCCUGCCUCCCCCAACCUUUCCCUGGCCUCCUCCCCUGGUGGAUCGGUGGCCCUCAGGAAGAAGGGAAGACGAGCCCCUGCACCGCCACAGCUGGCUGCCCAGACUGGCCGCACCUCCCCCAGUGACCAGGACACACGCAGCCUUGACACAGUGUCCAGUGGAGAUAGGGAAGAUCCUGAUGAGGUGCUGAGUUGGAAGAUUCAGAAAGAUCUCAAGAACCAUUCCAACAAGAUCAAUGGCACCCCCCAAGCUCCCCCCAAGCCCUCACGCAGCCCCCACACCCAAUUCACUGCUUCAGAGCCGGCAGGUGGCCGGCACUGCCCAGUCAGCAAGAGUGAGGCUGGGGAGUGGAAGAGGAAGAAGGGUCCAGCCCCGCCCCGCCCUGUACCCCAGAAACGUGCCCUCAAGAAGUUGCCUAUGAAGGUGAUCCAGCAGGAGCUCCAGGACAUUGAGAUCAAGCAGACGGAGCUGGAGCGGCAGGGUGUGCUGCUGGAGACCUCCAUCAGGAAGCGCACGGAGGCCUCGGCCCCAUCCAGCCCUCAGGAGGAGACACCCCCCUCCAGCCUUCCCCCCAGCAGCCCCAACAGCAUUGAGGUGGAGGACAUGAUUCUGCAGCUGUUUGAACUGGUCAACGAGAAGAACGAGCUUUUCCGCCGCCAGACAGAGCUCAUGUAUCUGAAGCGUGAGAAGCGACUGGAGGAGGAGCAUGUGGAGCUUGAGUACCAGAUCCGCUGCUUGAUGCUGAAGACACCAGCUGAGCGCACGUCUGAGGACACAGCACAGGAGGAGGAGCUCAUUGCCCGGCUGGUGAAGGUGGUGGAGCAACGUGAUGAGAUCAUCAACUGCCUGGAGCUGGACCGGCUGAGGGAGGCACAGGAGGAUGAGAGCAUUGCCACACACAUGAUGCAGUAUCAAGAGAAACACAUUGAUGGCUUGGAGAACGGGAACAGCCAUCCAGAGCCAGUCAAGAAGAAGAAGACACUGAAGCUGCCCAAAAAGAAGAAAAAGAAAGAGAAGAAGGAUAAGGGAGCCACUGGUGAUGCAGACAAAGAUGUUGAUGAGACAGAGAUGCCUGCAGAUCCCAAGAAAAAGAAGAAGAAGAAGAAGUGGCUGUUUUGAGCAAUGAAUUUUUCUGGGGAGGUCCAGAAAUGUGGCCUGUGUGCUGAUUGUUGUAUUGAAGUGCAGCCUGUGUGUGAAUUGAUGCCAUGCUAUAUUGGGUGCACCUGUUUGCUGGGUGGUGUGGUGAUGGCAGCAGUGCUCUUCUGAGGUGCAGCCCAAGUGCUUAUGAUGUGCUGAUAGCUGUGGUGCUCCUUUGAGAUGUGGCCCAUUAAGUGGAUGCAGAGUGCUGAUGUGUGUGAUGAUGUGUGGAGUGUCCUCAGUGUCUUGCUUGGUGUGGUGCAGCAGCCUCUGAUGUAUUUAUUGGCUUGGUGAUGUGCUGCAGCCUGAUGAGUGCCAUGGAAAGUUGUACCAUGUGAUACUAUUAUAUUCUGUUUUCUCUUGUAUUGCAGGAAUUUCUGUGGGAAUGUGUACUUUGAGAGUUGCAGCAAUGUACUCUGUGUGCUAAUAUUGUCACACUGUGCUUGCAUCAUUUUGUAAUCUGCAGGUGGUGUCUGAUGCCUGGUGUUGGCUGCACAACAGAUCUGGUCCUCCCAGUAUUGUUAUAAACCUACAGAAUUCUGAUAAAAAAUAUCAAAAGAAUUUUCAAAGAGACAGUGAGGGAAGAGAUCUCACCAUUUUAGGGAUUACUCAGAGACAUGGAAAGGGAAAGCAUCUCCCCAUUUUCAUGUCUGCAGGUUUCUUUGUAGGAUUUGUGGCUAACAGUUGAAAGACAUCUAGUAUUUGUGUGUGCAGUUCAUACUUACACUUUUGUAUAGAUGAAGGAUGAACCAUCAUUGUGUGAAAGAGAAGUGUGGGUAGGCAUGUAGCCUUGUGCCUUAAACCUGAAUAGAAAAGUGCAGGCUGUGUAUUGGGUGUUUUGCAGGAGCCUGUUGUGGCAUCUGUGGUGUGUUGGUUGAGGGACAGGAGGUUCGGUGUUGUCUGAAUAUCAGAAAAAUGCUGGCACACUCAUUCUUACCAGCCUCAUAAGGAAAAGACAGCAGACUUUGGAGGGUGGCUAAGAGUCAAACAGGAGUAAUGAUAGAUAGCUGUGUUUGGGAGAAGGAGAGGAAGAAUUAUAAAGUUUUGGUCGGAGAGAAAAAAAAUGUCAAAAAUUUGGUUCACACCACAAUUUCAGUCUGUCAAAGAAAUACUAUUUGUUUCCUUGGAACAGGUGUGUUUUGGAUGUUAGUCUAAGCUUAGUGAACUUCAGCUGCCUUUUAUUGCAUCUUUUAUUCAUUGUGGACAAAUAAUAUGGAGGAGGUAGGCAAGGGAAACACACAAGUAAGAGAAUGUAAUUGUAAUGAUAUGGCAUGCAAGACUUAGAGUCACCCUUUGAAGAGGUCUCCCAAGAUUCAGGAAUUCUGCUCCUCUCCUUGGUGCUGCACCCCCUCUACACCACCACCACCACCACCACUAUUACCACCUUCCUAGCAGUGAGUGGAGCAGCAGCCACUGAUAGUAGUGUAUAAUCACCCAUCCGCUGUCAGGGAAUUUGCAUCCUAAGUGAGUACGUCCUUGAUUACUUAGCAUUAAUUGGGCCCUUUGUGCAAUGCAAGGGUGCCAGCUGGACUCUGAUCCAUUGCAAUACACUGUACUGUCCCUUAGGAGAGCCUUAGUGUAGUUUUUGUGUGUAAGUCCUUAAUAUUUUUGUUAUUAACAGAGCAAUCUCUGAUUUUAUUUUGCACAAAUUUCUAUUUAUUUACCCAUAAAGGAUGUGUAAGAGGAGUGUAUACAUGUAAGGUGUUGGUUUUAUUUAAUGUCUCAUUUUUACAUUUGAGUUAAUAUAAUUUUUGUUUCAUUUAAAUGCAUUGUUUAGGUAUGCUAUUUUUUAUUCUUUUUAUCUUGGUUACCACCUCAGGUGUGUGUUGUGUGAAAAUGUGGAAACUGGAGGUUUUGUUAAUCAUUCCUGCUGGUGCUGUGAUGGCUGGUGCACACCUGCCCACCAGUGUAGCCAGUGUUGCCCAGCCCCUCAAUCCUCACUGUGAGAAUUUCCUAAGAUGCCCAAUUUAUGCUUUUGUUCUGUGUUAGGUAGUAAUUUUCUGUGCAAUUAUUUAUCAAACAAGUUAUCCACAGAAGGCACAUUAUGAAUUCAAUGUGAAUACUGCAAAUUUGUAAUAUAAUAAGCAGGAAAAGAAAAUUGAAGGCAAUGGAACUAACUUGAAUGUCAAGAUUUGUCCUCAUGUUGCACUAUAGGCUGGUAGUGGAGCCAGUGAGGUGAACACAAGGCAAUAUGGAGGUGGUAUAUCUACAUACAGUCAUUAUUUAUCUCCAAUUUGUGGCUGCAGAGAGAAGCAGCCACUUGGUCUUACUCAAUAGGGAAUAUAUGUAGAACUCUCAGUAUGUAUGGCAGUAUUUUCCAUAAGGUGAAGGUUAAGGCUCUAGGGAUGCCCUGCUGUAUAGAUCGUAGCAGGGAUCUCUCUGUUACUUGCUUAACUUUCCAGGGUUUACAAUUGUUAGAGCUUUGAAGACCGUACAUAGAAUACUUAGGGAGGCUGAGGUGGUUCUCACAAGUCUUAAAAUAGAGCACUACGUAGGGUUAAGGUAGGCUGGUUCCUUUAUACUAAGAUAAGGUGUAUAUAAUAAGCUGCUGUAGGACACACACUAGCAAGGGAUACACUACACAAUGGGUUACAUUUCUUGAUGGUCAAACAUCAUAUUUACUGCAGUAAGGUAUUGCAAUACUGUAAACUUACACAAACAAAAUGCAUACACCAUGACAGUACACACACAAAUAUAUAUUUGCACUACAUUUGUUAGGAUUUAUGAGAUAAAUAUUAGUAGAAGACAAUAAAAGUAGUGCACACACACACACGCACACACACACACACACACACACACACACACACACACACACACACACACACACACACACACACACACACACACACACACACACACACACACACACACACACACACACACACACACACACACACACACACACACACACACACACACACACACAGUAACAGAGGUGUAUACACUGUGGCUGUGCUAGGAGAGAGAAAAGGUGUGCUCAUAAGGACAAUAUGAUAGUACUGUACUAUAGAGUACAUAAUUACAUUACAGAAGGCACAUUCUCUAGCUGGGAGGCUGAGACAGGCUGCUCUCUCUCUCUCUCUCUCUCUCUCUCUCUCUCUCUCUCUCUCUCUCUCUCUCUCUCUCUCUCUCUCUCUCUCUCUCUCUCUCUCUCUCUCUCUCUCUCUCUCUCUCUCUCUCUCUCUCUCUCUCUCUCUCUCUCUCUCUCUCUCUCUCUCUCUCUCUCUCUCUCUCAAUGUGUAAAAGAACCUCUAUUCAGUAAAAUCCUCCUCAACAUUCUAAGUAGGUUAUUUGUCAAUUGAGCCUUGUAUAGGGUUUGGAACAUGCACCAGUGACCAUUAUACAUGAUCCAUACUACUGAUCUCAGCAUGGUGAAAGACUGAUACGUGCAACACUAGUAUCUACUUAGUUGGUCUUCUUCUUCUGAGGUUUGGUGUAAGUAGCUCUGAAUGCUAUUGUUAGUAUUUUCAAAGAUUAUGGAGAUUAGAAAUAGACAAAAGCACCACUGAGGUCUGUAGCCACCAGAAGCUUUAUUGUUAAGGAGGAGGUUGGUUCAACACUUUGGUGAAGGUGGAAAGUAGAGAGAGCUGAUUUGUUUGAAAUGAGACUGAGGCAAAAGUUUAUAGUGUUUACCUAUAGGUUCACUUGUAUUUGAACACCAAGUAAUAAAGUGAAGUGUGCAAAAUGAAAUUUUGGCAGAGUGAAAGCUUGGAGAGGUGAGGUCACUACUGUCUAUAAGGGGUAAUGCACGAUUAUUUAUUUAUUUAUUUAUUUUAUUUUUUUAUCAUCCUUUAUCAUCUAACGUUGCCACAUUUUUAGAAUCACACUUACAUUGACUUUGGAUUCCAAAGUUUUGUUAAACCAAGAGCCUAAAUCAAAGUAAGUGCCUAGCCAUCAGUGCUUCCAGAGUUAAGUGUUGUGUGCCAAACUAGUGCAUGAGAGAGAGAUACAGAAAGUGAGAGAGAGAGAGAGAGAGAGAGAGAGAGAGAGAGAGAGAGAGAGAGAGAGAGAGAGAGAGAGAGAGAGAGAGAGAGAGAGAGAGAGAGAGAGAGAGAGUACUAAGCCUACAAGUGGCUAGCAAUUCAUUCCCAGCUGAUGGAUGUGUUCCUUAAUUUUCAUUAUGUAAUUAUUCCUGUUACAUUACCGAUUUACACCAAUAUUUGUAUAAAAUAUCUUUUUACAAAAAAUGAGAUGUUAGAAAAUAAAUAUAUAAUUUGG